AACAUGAAAAGGAAAUCAGCACAACUCAGUAUCACAGUACGCAACACUUCGGUUAAAGACAGUGAGACAGCAGACAUGACCAACGCUUUUUCUGGAAAGAGAGAUGUGUUUAUCUCUGAUCUGCUGUGGGUGGAUGCAUCUGGCUUUGGUUUUCGCUUUUGUCAAGACAACUCAUGCAGCAGUGAACAAAACUAAAACUCUGUACAUCCAUCAGGGAAAGUCUGCCAAUGUCAACUGCAACUACAACCUAACAAAUGACACAGAUAUAAUUUCAAUACAACUGCACAUAAAUCAUACACUGUGUUCAUUCCUUUAUGUUAACUCAUGGAAUAAUCAGUCAUGUAAAAACUACUGUCAUGACCAAAUCAGAUGCAUUUGGAUUCCAAAGACUAGAGAAGCAUCAUUUGAGCUGUUAAAUCUUCGAAUAAAUGAUACUGGUACAUACAUAUGUACUGUGAAAAGAAGUGCACCACCACCUGAAAUGAUUCUGGGAAAAGAAAGAACAAGGGUUCAAGUUAUUGCACGUCCUGUAUUGUCAAUGUCCUGUGUGAAGAUACCAGAUGGAUCAUCAAUGAUGCUGUGCAGCUCUGAGGGAUUUUAUCCUCAUUCUUUUGAACAGUUGUGGAUCAGAGAUGGAGAAAUCCUCAACAGCUCAAACUCACAGAAACACAUCAAUUACAGCACAAACCCAGCUGGAUCGUUCACUCAGAAAUCAUACCUGGAGUUGCCACCACAAAUGUUUGCCGUCACAAUCUACUCCUGCUGGAUAAACCACUCAUCCUUAAAUGAACCACUGAUGGUCAGCUUAUCAAGCUCUUCUUGUGAUGGAAGAUGGGAUUUAUCUUCUUGUGCUGUGACAUUGGGGUUUGUCUUCUCUGCGGUGCUGACUGCCAUUUUUAUCAUUGCAGUCAUGUAUAAAUGUUACAGAAGAGCACAUCAACAGUCUGUAUCUGCAGCAGAAGUCAGCAUCACUCCUGAGAUUGUUUCCCACACUCAUCUGCAGUCUGAAAUGCUGUAUUCAACACUGGGUGUUCAUCAUCCAGUCCCAUGCAGCCCUGUCAGAGUCCACUCACCUCCUCACUGAACACUGACCAAAGACAUUCCAUUUACAUUUAUGCAUUUGGCAGACACUUUUAUCCAAAGUGACUUACAGUGCCCUUAUUACAGGGACAAUCCCCCUGGAGCAACCUGGAGUUAAGUGCCUUGCUCAAGGACACAAUGGUGAUGGCUGUGGGGAUUGAACCAACAACCUUCUACUUAUCAGUUCAGUGCUUUAGUCCACUACGCCACCACCAUUCCAAAAUGACUUCUGAAUGAGUGCCUCACUCACUACCCUGGUACCAGCUUUAUGUAAUAUAUAGAUAUAUAAUAUAUACAGUAUAAGUAUUUGUGUGAUAUCAACUACUUUUCUUACCCUAACAUUCGGUUGACUGUCUUUGUUAACUUAUGUGUACUUAAAUAUACCAAAUAUACUGUAUAUCAUUUAAAA